CUUCCGCUGUAUCAUAGCAACGCUAUUGUAAACAAUACUGGCGCAUUCAUCGCAGUCUUCUCUCUUUCGCCCUCUCUUCAUGUUUUAAUUUCCUUACUAGUGGUUAUUAAAGCAGCGGAACAUGAGCCAACCCGAACUUUAUGCAGGGGAUGAGGCAGACGAACCUGGGCCAUCUGUUGAGUCUACAAACCAAGAGGAGAGAAUAACUGCCCGUCGCAUCCGCAUAGCCGCACGAAAUGAGGCCAAAACACGCCAACAGCUUGGUGAAGAUUCCCAGGGAAAUGGGGAUAUUAAAGAAGAAACACGGAAAAGUCAGAAGGAAGUGGAGCAAAGGGAAAGGCACAUGGCAAAAUUAAAAAGUGAUGGUCUAGAGAUGGUGACCAAUAUUCAGGUUGCUGCAGACGCCAGAGAGUCUGACAGGAGAAAAGAACAAGAGGAGGCAUGUCGACUGAGGAGAGAAAAUGUAGAAAACGAGGCCAAAUCCAGUCAGGAAAAGUUUGAGGAGAUCACUCGCAAAUGGACAGAUGCUAAAAUGAAACAGACCCCGCUAGAUCUAAGAGAUGCUAUGAACAACCAGCAACAACUCUGUGAGCAGAUUAUAGCGGACAAGAACAAACUGAUCAGUGAGCAACAGCAGGAGCUGAAGGCAAGUGAUGAUCGCUAUGUGAAGGACCUGAAAAGACAGGCUAAUGACAUAGACCUGCUGACUGAGAGGAUGGAAGAACAGGUCUCAAGUCUAAAAAAGUCAUACCAGGAGGACCUGCAGCUGAUUGAGAACUCGUUUGAUGAGGAGAGGAGAACGUUGCUAACCAAACACAGGAAGAAAUGGGAGCAUCAGAUGAAGGAACGUAGUGAGAAAGAGCUGAGGAACAAGAUGAAAGGUUUAAAUCUCCGUGAGGAGUAUGAGGACUUGCUGCAGAAACUAAGGGUUAAGACAGCUGAAGAAUACAACAUAGACGAAAUCAGAUUGGAUAUAGAAGUACAGAAUUUAAGGACGAAGGUACAAGAGAUAAAGGCCAAAUACCAUCGGAAAGAAGAAUCACUUCAUUACAAAUUUGAGCGGCUAGAGAAAAGAGAGGAAGAGAACACCAUUUUAAAAUCCCAAUUGAAGAGGAAAAUCAUUAGAAUGCAGGAUGUUGUUAACAACCUAAAGUCUAAAUGCGGCAUUCAGGGGAAGCAGUCAAAAGCAGAAAACCAAUCAGUGAGCAAUGACUAUGCCCGCAUCAAACAGCAGAACAAAGACAUGCAGGAGAAAGCAAGGCACUUUGCAGCGCUCGAUGCCGAGCAUUUUGAGAAGUUAUGGUUGAUAUGUGAAGAUGAGGUUAAGGCCCUGGCACACAGGGCACUGGAGACUGACCGAAUUAUUCACGAGCAGCAGUUGGGUCUGGCUUGGGUGUCUCCUCUGGUCCCCUUCAUGGAGCGCUCCGGCCCGAUCAAACAGCAGACCAGAAGGACGGCCACACAGACUGCUGCAGAUAUCCUGCAAGACGAAACAAGAGGACAUUUAGUGGAGGAAUCUGAGGGCCUGGAGAACACUGGAGGUGGAGUUAACAGGAGAACAGUGAAGAGAAUUCUGGAGCUGCUAUGUGAUGAAAUGGGGUUUCUCGUAGAGAGUAAACUUCUAAAGCUGUUGUCUCAUCUGGAGAAGAAUGAACAGUCCCUUAUAAAGCUAGAUGCCAUUUUCUCGGCAAUAGGGAUUGAGAGUGAGGUGGAUGCGUAUAAAAUGGCUGAGUUCUUUAUGGAUUACAAACAACAUGGCGGUGAGCAGAGGGAACAGAUGGAGGAAGAGGAGACAACCAGUGAGCAGGGAGAAUCAGUUGAAGAACCCUCUGACCUCAUCCAUCCUAAUGACCUACUAGUGGCUCUGAAAGACUUUACAGCCCAAUACUGCAGACCAUAUGAUGGCCAGGCCUCGCAGAAGAGCAGUGUUUUGGGUUUGGAAAUGAGAGAUGACUCAGAGGAUGAAUCAUACUGGGAAAGCAUAGCUAAUGUCAUGCCAGAGUCCAAACUCAAGCUCUGGAGUGCUCUAGAAACAGGUCUCGACAAGUACCAUACUGCACUGACUGAAAGGGCUGAGCUUCUGGUGGAAACACAGGAUGUACAACAACAGAAUACUGAGCUCAGACAGCUACUGCAUCUUUAUACAUCCUCCAAGGCUAGUGCUGAGACAGAGACCCAGACCGCCAGAAUGAGGCAGUUCCCCACGUGAUAUAACUUGAGCUUGAACAUUUACAUUGUAGU